AUGGAAUCCGUUUCUAUGGCCAUCACCCCAAGGAGCAUGAAGUAUGCAUACAGUAAAGAUGAAUGGUUUUGUUAUACAUCUAAAGCUUGCAUUGAAGUAGAAUAUCACAAUGGGAAUGGAGAUUCCGAUUCCGAACUAAAUGCAUACAAAGAAGGUGAUGACGACGAUGAUGGUGGUUAUGACUAUGCUCCAGCUGCAUAA